GGCUGACUUGCUCUGCAGUUGCACACAGAGUGAGCAAUUUCCUUUCAAAGUGGUAACCAGUGGUUACAGGUGGCCAUGUUGGGUUAGAGUCAACAGCAGCACACAGCCUUUGUGGGCAGGUGUGUUACCUGUGGCUCCCGCAGGAAUCACUUCCUGGGGCUCCUCUGCCACAGCUGACCGACACAGAUGACAAUGAAUGAGCCGACGAAAAAGAUAAUGACAUAGUUUUCCUCGUCGUUGCUUUCAAAUUCACUGCAAUCCGCCUUAUGUUUGGGUUCUCGAGCCUGAAGUCGGUGCCCGCACGCGUUUUGGUGUCAGGCGGAGGGAAGUGCUUCCUGAUAAUAAAGAGGUGCGUCUUAUUUCCAUUCCAGUGAUUGACUGCGCACGGCUUUCACCGGCGGAGCUGGGGGCAUUGACGCAUUGUGGAGUCGACAGGGGGUAGCACUGCAACCCCGGCUUCGCUACACAACGGAGGCAUCUAUCGGCGAAACCGCGAUGGCCGUGGUGCAGCUCGACACGGAGGACCAUCAACCGGAGAACGGCUUCGUGUCCCCCGAAACCACGUCGCCGGGGCUGCUGACACGGAUCGACGGCUCCGUGCUGCCAUUUCUCGGGGGAUUUGGGAAGUACCAGAAACAGCUGAUCGUGCUGACAUGGAUCCCGGCGUUAUUUAUUGGAUUCAGCCAGUACUCUGAUAAUUUCCUCCUGGCCCAGCCGAACAACACAUGUAUCCAGCCUCUGGCAAACCUGACUAAUCAGACUGCGAGCCAUUCAUCGCUGUUAGACAGUCCAAAAAACAUCAGCGCGCGGGCAGCUUAUUAUAUAAAUGCCAAUGGAAGUUACGGCAGCCACAAUGACACGGCCAACAUGCAGUGUAGGUGCAGUGAGUGGACAUUUGAGCUGCACACGGGACUUGUGCAGAACGUGGUUACAAAGUGGAGUCUGGUGUGUGACUCAGCAUGGAAAGUCCACAUUGCCAAGUUUUCUCUGUUGGUGGGAUCCAUCUUUGGAUACCUGACGUUUGGAAUCCUUGCUGACUGGUUUGGCCGCCACCCGGUGCUGAUCAUAUCAGUGCUGUUCAUGCUGGUGUUUGGUCUGACCGUGGCCUUCUCUGUUAACGUUCCCAUGUUCAGCACCCUGCGCUUCUUUGAGGGCUUCUGCCUGGCAGGGAUCACCCUCUCUCUCUACGUCCUCAGGAUUGAGCUGUGCCUGCCAGGAUGGCGUUUUUCCAUGACCAUGGUGGCCAGUUUUGUGGUGUUGGGUGGUCAGCUGCUGAUGCCCGGGGUGGCAUACCUCUGUCGUGACUGGCAGGUACUCCAAGCUGUCAUCAUCUGUCCCCUGCUGCUGAUGCUGUCCUACAUCUGGAUCUUCCCUGAGUCACUGCGUUGGCUGCUGGCCACUCAGCAGUACUGCCGCUCCAAGUGGAUAAUGGGACACAUAGCAAAGAAAAACCAAGCGAACAUGGAAAUUGACCCUGAUAAUAUCAUCUCAGAAUUGCAGAGAGCUCUUCAGAAGAAACCGAAGAAGACUUGCAUUGUGAAAAUGGUUGGGACACGAAACCUGUGGAAGAAUAUUGUUGUGCUCUGCGUCAACUCGCUAACAGGUUAUGGGAUCCACCACUGCUUUGCUCGCAGCAUGAUGGACCCUGAAGCUCAGGAGACGACCAUGUUCCAUAACUUCUAUGCAGAUUAUUACACCAUGGCGGGGAUUGCGGUGGCAUCCUGCAUGGCGUUGUGUCCGGCAGUGGGCCUGAUGGGGCGGCGGGGCGGCCUUCUCAUGUUUAUGAUCAUCACUGCCCUGGCAUCACUUCUGCAGCUGGGCCUGCUUAAUUUGCUGGGGAAGUACAGUGGCCAUCUGAAUAUAGAUAGCUCAGGUAGGCUGAAUAAGAACUUUUCCAUCGCCUUCUCCAUCAUCGGCAUGUUCUCCUCCCACGCAGUCAGCAACCUGAGCAUCUUCUUCUGCGCUGAGAUCACGCCUACUGUGAUCAGGGGCGGUGGGCUGGGCCUGGUCCUCGCCAGUGCUGGCUUUGGUAUGUUGACUGCACCCAUCAUGGAGCUCCACAAUCAGAAGGGCUAUUUUCUACACCACAUUAUCUUUGCCUGCUGCACUCUCAUCUGCAUCAUCUGCAUUCUCCUGCUGCCCGAGACGCGCUAUCAGCCUCUACCCGAGACCCUGGCUGACGGCGAGAGCUACACCCGUCAACCUCUCCUUCCCCCGAGGAAACCGGGGGAACAGCGCCUCCUGCUGGUCCAAUCUGAGAGCAGCAGGGACUACACCAGGGUGCAUGAUACGCCGCUCCACGAAGCAGCCGCCACCGCUGUGUCCACCAUGGACUCCACUGCCUCUUCAGCUGUUGAUUUGACCGCUCCGUCAUUUGGAGAUGCAUCUGCUCCCACCUUCAUGGAGGGCCACCCUGGCAAGCCUGAACCAAAAGACCCCAAUGGUCACUCAGUUUCAUCUUUAUCCAUGACUCCCAUCAAAGCCCUGGGAAAAGACAGCGUCAUACAUGUCAGUAAAGAGCAUCUGCUGUCUUCCACGCCUUUACACAAACCCCCAAGCGUCACAGACCCACUUUUAGCCAAUGCCGAAGAACCUCCCGCAAUAGUCUUAGAUUCUGUUGAUCCAUUGACAGAUUCUGCCGUUCUUGAAAUGAACGACAUCAGUCCUUCCCCUACAAAAGAGCCAGGUGCUCCCCCUUCCCCCCCCCCCCUCUCUCAAAUUGUGCCUGCCUCCUUGUUGAUCUGCACCACGCCCAUCAUCGAACCCCCGCCUAGCUCCACAUUAGAAUCCCCCAGUCCCGUGGGAAAUGAGAUAGAUGGUAUCGUCCCGCAACUCGAAACAUCUUUGCUAGAGGCCACUCAUGCCACUUUAGCAGACUCCACUACUCCAUCUAUGCAUGACAGCCCUCUUUCAUCCCCCUCUCCUGUUCCCAUAACAGAUCUCAUAGACAACACUUCUACCGAUGCUCCACCCUCCAUUAGCGUACACUCUGACAUUCCCAUCCAGUCAGAAAUAGACGAAUCUACUCCUUCCACUAGAGACUCCUCCAUACCUCCUGUCAUACACCCCCAACCGCCACAGUUAGAGCCCACCUCCCCCUGUGUUAAUGAUGUAUCUCCUUGUUCUCCCCCUAGUCCAAUCACUGUUCCCCUUUCACCCACUCCCCCUCCACCCAUUAACUCAGGCCAUACGCCCUCAGAGGGAUCCUCCACUCCCCCUGUCAUAGAUACUGUCAACACCACCGCACCGGCUCCCACCAUUCUCCCCGUCACAGACAUUGUGCACACCUCUACUCCAGAAUCUACCACUCUGACUGUUCAGCCCACACAGGAUUCAGCUGGUUCCCUUGCCGAAGAUUCAGCACCAACUUCCGUCACAGAAUCAGCCUCAACUGAUCCCCUUUCUAUAGUGGACUGCACCGUCUCCUCCCCCAUAGACUCUGGUGUCCUUUCCAUCAGGGACAAUGCCAGCACAGAAAACAACACUGUCAACGGUGUGGCAUCGUUAUGAUCCAGCGUUGCAGCAGCCCGGAGAAGAAGCUUUUCGGUUGCACAAGGAAGCAGCCACACGAAUAACUGAGAAGGGGGCGAGGAGGGGGGCACAAACUGUCCAACUCAGACUUCAGGCACUUACUGAGACACUGUCCCCACCUGGAGUUGAGUAGACAUGUCAUACAGAGAUGCUGAAUGUCUCUCAAUGUCUCCCGCCCCUCCUUCCUGCAUUUAGCCAAUAAAUGAGACCAUGCAAGUGAGAGUGCCAGAGGCUGGUUUGUGACAAUGUGACAGUAUCUUCUGCUCUUUUUUGAAUGUCACUGGAAAUCACCAGCCUAUAAACUACUUUGAUGUAAAUGAAUGGGAAAUCACUGUCUGUCGUUUUAAAGAGACUUGCUAUAACUAUACCCACAAUCACUGAGAGGACUGGUGAGAAGUACAAUGAUGCUUAAAAACAAAAACAAAAAAAAUCAAAUCACUGGUACUUUUGCUCAAAUGAAAUGUCCGUCUAACAUAUUUGUAUAAAAAUAUCGCCUUACCUGUAUGGACAAAAAAAAAAUCUGAAUGUUACAGAAUAUUUUUUUGCCGUUACAGAGGUAAACAAUCCAAAUUGGAAUGAUUUUUUUUUUUUUUUAAAUAAAGCGCCAAAAAAACUACUCUGACCAAAAUUAAAUGUAGACAUAGUGCCAAAAAAUAGUAUAAAAACAGUAUUUGCCUGUUUGGGGAAAUAUUGUUUGUUGCAGCCCCCUGCCAUAGCCUGUAAGUGGAUUAAAGUGAAUCAGAUCCCAAAGUUCAGAAAUACAAAAGAAUUAAAUUGUUUAUCAAAUUUGUAAAAGACUGAAGCUAAGUCACCAAUUGAUUAAUUAGAGUUUGGAUAUGCUAAAUUUCAUCAAAACGUGGUUCAUUGUAUGAACGGCGAUACUAGAGAAAAGAAUGACCCGUAUUUUGUCGGUCUGAAGAAACUUUUAUUUUUCCAAUCGUUUCAGUCAAUGGAAUUUAUGGUAUGCAAAUGCUUUUAUUUGUAAAUGUGAUCUUGUAAGUAAAUGCAUACUUAGUUGUUGAGCUUCAGUCUUUUUUCUUUUAAAUUCAAAGUAUUAUUUUUGAAUAAUCUCCCAUGGCGUGCCCUUAUUGUACAAAGCUAUACUACAUUCUUACAGUAUUUGUGGCACCUCAGUGUGGUGCCACUUUAUUCUUUGCAGUUGGGACAAAGCAUGAAAAUAAUCGUGAACGUGUCAGCAAAACAAAACCUUAAAAGCAAACCUUAAAAAGACACAAAAGCUUUCUUUGAAAUGAAACCAAUGGAUGACAAAAAUGAUCAAUGUGAUUGCCAACAGCUUCGCUAACCUGAAGUGUGUUUUCCAAAUCAUGUUUUGGCAUUAACAUAGUUUAUGUACUGUAUGUCAAAAUGUUCAUAAAUUCAGAUGCACAACAAAGUUUACCUUAAAAAAAAAUGCAAUACGUCAUAUUUGUCAAAAUGACAUUUUAAAAUACAGGUCAAAUCCUUAUUUAUAGGCAGAUUAACCUUCAUAAUCUGAAAUUGACAAACUCUUUGCCUAAGGAGGCACUUUCUCUUCCAAAGCCUGUGUCCAUAUGUGGACAGCAUCAUACUUGACUUGUGUGUAACUUGACAGGGUUAAGUACACACUUUAGAGGUUGUAAUAUUUGUCAGAGAAAGAUGAGUGAUUACGGAUAGACCACUGUUUACAAUGUAAUAAUGAUAAUAAUAAUAACACGUUACUGUACAACUUCAGAGCCAACUGAAUGAUGUCUUGUCAUUUUGAAAUGUGAUAAAACUCACAGUAUAUCAUAUUACAUUUAUACAGGGAGUAUUGGUGAUCUAUUAUUCAGGAGUCAACACCAGAUUUGUGUUAUUCACACCAUCCUGUGGUACAUUUAUGAAGAACCUUACAGGUACUAUUCUCACCAAAAUCCUCCUUUUCUUUCCUCUACGUACACUGACAAAGGCGCUGCAUAUCUUAAGGUAUCUGAAUGAUUGAGCAAAUCUGCCUGUGUUGUUUUUGCUUCAGUUCAUUGGUCCUUUAACGGAUCAAGUCAACAAACUUCCAUUUAGUGAAACUGAUAUGAACAUUUGUGUAACAUGCCAUGCUGCUAAGCCUCAAAGCACAAUGCCCUGCAAUCAUGUGAUGUCAAAUUUGGAGGAGCUUGGCGUCUUGAAAGCAAAAAAAAAAGAAGAAAAAAAAGAGAGAAUGGAGAGUGAUUUUGAAUACAGAAAUUAACACAUUAACUUUUGCAAUAGAUGCACAUGGAAACUACUUUGUGGAAGAGGGUGUUAACACUUGAUUUAAUAAGGAAUUCUUGGCAUCUGCAGUAAAAAAGUGGGCUGACUGCAGUGGUCAGUGGCUUCACAUUACUGAGUCCUCGUCUGUGAGUGUUGGUGUGUCUCAGUGUGCAGAAAUCAAACUGUGUUUUGCCAAAACCCCAUGCAACACCAGUGUAAAGACAGUGACACAGCACAAUACAACCAGUGUCUUCUCUAAGAUCUGUUGCUUCCAUUUUCACAACUCCCAAUGCAGCUAUUUUACGGUGCUGGUGGGAGUAAAAUUACAGUAAAAAUCAGUAAAAGCAAUCCAAAGCAAUGUUAGCACCAGCGAUAGGGCAGACUAGGAGACAGUGAUUGGUGGAAAAGCAAAAAAAAGCAAAAAAAAAAAGAAAAAAAAAAAAGGUUAUGCCUUUGUAAAUAGUAGGCUAAAUGUGUGGAAAGGCCCAGCGUAAGAUGAAGGAUCAUAGAUCAUAACAAGAACUGAUGAAGAGUUUUGAACUUAGAUAAAAACAGACCCAAGUGUACGCAUUUCAGGUUUCGCUUCUCUCAACCGUGCGACUCAGAAUCUCCUGAGCGGAGAUUUGAAUGAAUGUAAAAACCAUGGAUUGUACCAUUUAUAAUUUCUGAUUGUUUGGUUUCAUUUUGUUUUUGUUUUAACAGACAUAAUGCACUUGUAUAUAAGCCAUACCUGUUGUUAAAAUAAACCACUAUUUAUUGAUCAA